UCUUCAUUCACGUCUUCAAGAGCUCAAUCAUGCCCACCGUCGAAGUUUCCCCCUCCCGCCAGCUCAUGUCUAUACAACAUAAACUCGAAACAGCCCAAUUCGCGUACACCGGUGCCCGCGAGAAGAACAAACAAUUCGAGAACCGCAUCGCCGAGCUUCAAUCCCAGCUUGAGAGAGCUGCAACUGGCGCAGGCAAGGGGCAUAUAUCUGGAAAUGAGAAGGAUGCUCGUACUCUUGAAUCACAGGAUGCGGAGAAGCAGCUGGAGAAAGAGAAGGGGAAGCGCGUGCAGGUGGAGAGAGAGAAGGAUGAGUGGGAGAAGAGACAUUGGAGACUGCGCGACGGGGUGGAUCGUCUUCUAGGGACCCAACAUCUAAGUGACGCUCCAAACGCGGCAGAAAAACAAGCCAGAGAGAACGCGACUGCUUUACCGAACAGUCGGACCUAUUUCGGAAAGCGCAAGAUCGUUCAAUCCGACACAGACAUCUCAGAGGAGUCCAAUCAUGCUCGGUCGUCCACAAAUGGCAAGAAGAGGGGCAAAACCGGGAACGGCAGUGUCGCGGGCACAAGCGAUUCGAUCAAACGCACCGAGCAAGAAAACACAGCUAUCAUCCUCGCAUCGUUCAACAGAGCACGCCGGGACGCGUAUGCCAUGCGCCACAUGACCCCUCCUCGUGAUCUCACGCACACUCCCUGGAAUGCAAAUAUCCUGUCUCGCUAUUUUGUGCGGCUCCUCAACAAGCCCAGUGGAGGGGUGUACACUGAUUGGUUGAGAGAAGGAGAACAAGGUGGCAGCGUCGACGCGAGCAAAAAUAAGGAUAGGAUAGAGAAGGUCAGCAAAGCUCUGGAAAAAGGUUUACUCUAUUUUGAGUCGGUGCCGCUGGUUGAUGAAAGGAUAGGUCACAGGUAGACGGGCGGUGAAGCGAGGAGUUCGCUCGAAUUGAUGAAUGUCCGGAGACUGUUGUAACGCGCUUUUUUCCGUAGCAUGUACGCCGCCGUAGAUGGUGACCUCAGCCGCAACCCCUUCCGCAUUGAGCAUAAAAG